CACAGCUACACACAACACAGCACACAGUCAUUUUCUGUGAUCACCCUUCAGGUGAGUAGAGCACACCAGGAAGCCUCAUCUCAAGGACCUAACGGACAGGAGGCGAACAACUCUGACUCAACCCUGAGACAGAGAGAAAGACCUCCCCAGACCGUUACCUCAACGCUGUAUGAAGGUGGAGUCAUUUGGGGGUAGAGAUAGUUAGGGAGAGAGAGAGAGAGAGAGAGAGGGAGAGAGAGAGAGAGAGGGUGAGAGAGAGAGAGAGCGAGAGGAGCAAAUCAAGAAGACAGAUGGAUUAUCUGACAUGCGCCUGGAUUGACCAGCGUUCUUCUUUAAGUCUUGAAUCCCAUUUUUCUUCCUCAGAGUGAAAUCUGAAAAUGCUUUCCUGCACAUGUGGAGUGUAACAGCUAUCGGACAGGUAGAUUGUGUGGUGCACCUUUUUUGAUUUCACUGGAUCUUAGGACUUUUACACAUUCUACUACUUUCUACUUGGAUAUCAGUGAAUUUUUGGAUUUUAGUCUUUUCUUUUUUUCUUAAAUUGAGCAACUGCCUGGAAAUACAAGCGUCACUGGAGCAGCCAAGAAUAAUAGUCAAAAUUUCACAAACAAUUUAGAAAGAAUUAGAAAACGGAAGGAAGGUGGAAAAAACAGGUUUAUUACUGGAAUACACACACAUAGUAAUUGGUGUAUUGUUUUUACGUGAUCUUUGUUCAUUCAGACUGAUUUAUUUUCCAAAACAAACUUGGACUGCAGACUUUCUGAUCAUCAGCCUAAAACCCUUCAACAGUGGAGAAGAGAAGUCAGUGGAAUAUCAGCGUGAAACACAGUGACUUGUUGAACAGUUAUUACACUAUCAAAAAUAAUUCUAGAAAUCUAAGAAUUUCAUACAGGUGCUAAAUAAUUUGGACUCUGCAGGGAGACCAUCUCACCCAGUCUGGACUGUGGAGGGCUCCCCUCCCUGCCCUCCCAGCCUAUCCUCGCCCCCAGCAGCAUGUCCCAGGCUCUGAGGCUGCCUCUAGUCCUCCACACAGCACACUACCAUGAUCAGAUGGGCUGCUGGAGGGAGUAAGGCUGCCUCUGCCUCGUCCUGCUCCAGGGCUGGGUUAGGGGCUCGUUCUGGUUCUGGGUCCAGCUCCAGACUAAGGUCAUCACUGCUUUCCUCCCUGUCUUUGCCUCUCCUGGUUGCCCUUGUGAUUUUCUCCUUCUUCUUACCCGGGGCGGCCUGCCAUCAGCACCGCAGAGACAGACCGAGACUCGCCAACCCACGAACUCUCAGGGUUCCACUGAACAUUUCUGAGACUGAGGUCGUCUCUCGGCCCAGGGCCACUGGGGCCCCCGUGGGUCGGACUGGGGGGCCGCAGGGUAGGCAUGUGCGCAGCUACAAUCAUCUCCAAGGGGACAUACGGAGGAGGAAGCUGUUCUCUUUCCAGAAGUUUUUCCUGAGGAUCGAUAAGAAUGGAAAGGUUAAUGGAACCAAGAGCAAGGAUGACCCCCUCAGUAUUCUGGAAAUCACAUCAGUGGACGUGGGAGUGGUGGCCAUCAAAGGGCUGAACAGCAACUACUAUCUGGCUAUCAGCAGGAAGGGAGAGCUGUACGGAGCGAGAGAGUUCGGUGUCGACUGCACCCUGAAGGAGCGGAUUGAGGAGAACGGCUACAACACGUACGCAUCAGCUGAGUGGAGGAACAAGAAGCGGCAGAUGUUUGUUGGUCUGAAUGUCCACGGGAAGCCGCUGAGAGGGAAGAAAACCCGCAGGAAGAACACAGCCACCCACUUCCUUCCAAUUAUGGUGUGAAUUGGAGAACUCAACUGGAGAAGGAGGAUAUGCAGCACUGGACAGAGAGGUUUUCAAUACUGAAAAGCUGUAAAAUAAAGACAUUCACUGAGAAAUCUCUCAUUUGGAAACAAGGCACUAACACUGUUACACAAAAAUAUGGUCUCUGCUCCUGACUUUGACUGAGAUCAUGUACUUUAUUUGGUGGGAGAAGAUGAUAUCUGUGUUUUCUGUGGCACGGGAUGCAAUAUUUAUCCUUUUUUCUGUGCCAAACAGUUUGCAACUGGAGUAUGUGUGUAAUGUAAACAACACAGAAGAUACUGUCCCAGCUAAUGAACUGUGGUAGAUGCAGAACAGAAAUAUCUUAAAAUGUUAUUUAUAAUCCAUAUUCUCCUGUGAGACACCAGAUUAUCUGCAACAUAAAGGGGAGGGAUAGAAAAUGGAUAAGAUGAGGGAAAUGAUCGGUCAGUUUAUCACAACAGCAUUAAAUAAUAGAGGAUAAAACACAUUUAAAGCUAAUGUUUGAUACUUAACCACUGUGUUUUGACUGUAUUGUAAUGAUUUAUUUAUUUUGUGAAAUAUUUAACUGGAGGGGAACACUUACACGGCAAGCAUUCCUUUGCAUUCUUUACUUUUUAUAGGAACUCCAUUAUGUGAAAAUAAAAAAAAAAACAUUUCUCCUCUGCAA